AUGUCUCCCCGUCAUAUCAGAGGCCAUGCCUUCUUUCCCCGAUAUCAUGUCCCGCUUGCUCCGGACCAGAUUGAGAAAUUCCACGUCAGCCACACCCUGCCGCCUGUAAACCCUGCCAUGCGGCAAUACUUCAAGAAUGCUGACCCUGCCGAGCCUGACUGGCGAAACAAGCCUGAGUUUCCUGGCUCGGACGAGAUUCUGGGAACGGAUACAGAAACAGAAGAUGUCUUGCUCGCACCUAACAAGAUCUCUGGUUCUUGGCCCUCCAGGGAAGAAUACCUCAAAACGCACUACAAUCUGAUCCGCGAAGAUGCAGUGGCGCCUCUGAGGGAUGCGGUCGCUCUUGUUCGAGAGGACCCUUCUAUCAUGGAUACCAAAGAUGCGUUUACAUACGAGAAAGUGAGUUGGCAGUGA